AUGGCAACGCAGGACGAAAGUGCUAAUGACGGGAAACGAAAACGAGCUAAAGCUUAUUACGUGAAUUUUAGGAAGAAAAAGCAUGUUGAUCCCAGAGGUAUGCGACCUGGAUUGAAUGGCGUUUUACUGACAUGCAAUAAUGUGCAAAAUAGGGGAGCUCUUGCUGAAAUCUAUCAAUUACUCCAUGAGUCUGCGGAUCGAUUAUAUGGUAAUGAUGAUGGUGACGAUUCCAAAACAUCAAAAUCUGAAGUAGAUAAUGAUCCAUCGAAAGAGUUAGAAAAGGAAAUUAGCGCGCUUAAAGAUAAUUGGAAAAAUUACUUUCAAGCUGUUGAAACAGGAGUGAAAAAUAUUUACUUUAUUGAAUGUAAUAAAGGAGACCCUUACGAAUUGACAAAAUCGAUUUUUAAAGAUUUAAUAGAGCGAAAGGCUAGCGUUAGAUUUUGCCAGCGUUUGAUACCUGUGACGUUCAUUUGCCAUUCAUCAUUAGACGAUAUUAAGAAAUGCUGCCCUCAAUAUUUAAAGCAAUAUUUUCAAAACGAUACUGCCAAAGAGUGUAAAUUUGCAAUUUCAUAUAAAUCGAGAUAUAACGGCGAUCUCAAUAGAGAUCAAGUAAUUGCAACCGUAGCCGAUAUAGUUAUCGAUGGCCAAAUUAAGCAUCAAGUCAAUUUGGAUAACCCUGAUGUCGUUAUUGUUAUUGAAAUUGUCAGGAAUGUAUGCUGUAUGAGUAUAUUAGAUGACUUCCAUCAAAUGCGUAAAUACAAUCUUAACGAAGUGUCCCAUCAUGGUCGUUCUGAAGGAAAAUGUGCGGUUGCUAAGACUAAAAGCCAAGAAGUAGACAAUACGGCUGCAGAUACAACCACAUCAAAUUAA